AUGGUGGAGACUCUCGACGAGAACCUGCCCAACGAUGAGGUGAGCAUCGACGGGGUGCAGCUGGUCGCGUCGCCUACAAAGGAAUCCGCCUGCGUCCAGGUCGAGGAGCCAUUGCCCGGAGAGCAGGGAGAUGGUUUGGACAGUGUCCGCAGCGAACUGGAAGAGCUACGCUCCUUAUCGGAGGGCUCAGCCGAAUGGGCAGAAGCCAAAGCACGCCUGGAUGCAGCUGUGCAGGCUGCCGUCACUGCAGGGUGUGCGCAAGCAGAGCUGCUGGAAGCCAGAGCAAGGGAAGCCGAGGCGGAGAUGGGGUCGGCUGGCGAAGAGCUGACCGGGGCAGCUGCGCGCAAGGCGCGGAAGCUGAGGCUGGAGGCCGAGAGGCUCCGAGGCGAGGCGAACGUGGAGAGGGAACGUGCGGCCCGCCUCGGCCAAGCGCUCCGACGGGCGCUUCUUGGAAAGAAGAAGGCCGAUGAGAGUGCAAGCAUCACGGUCGAGCUGGAAGAUGACGCAGAGGACGUCAACGGGAAAUUGGCUGCGAAGAAUGUGGGGGCCGUGCAGGUCCGCAAAACCAGCAAGAAGAGAGUAAGGAAGAAGGCAUCAACAUCAUCUUCCAGCAAAGCCAAGAAGAGGAAAAAGGAGGUGAAGAAUCGUGAGGCUAUGCGGAAGAAGGCUGAGGAAGCGGCACGGCGGUGGCAAGAGCGAGAUGAUCAGUUGGAAGCCAGCAUCCGCGUGGUGGAGCAGAGAGGAGCGAAAGCCGCUGCGGAGAAGGAAGCGCAGCGCCGAGCAGAGAAGGAGCGGAUGCUCAGGGAGCGGCUGCGGCGUGAAGCCAGAUCGCGAUCCCGGCGAAGACGGCGCAGGAGGUCACCGUCGUAG